AUGGGACGGGACGGGUCGGGUCGGGUCAGGGCCCCGGGCUGGAGCUCCACUUGGCCACUCGCCGACCGCAGGCGCCCGAAGCGAGGCGCGGCCCCGGCGCCAGCCACGGCGCAGGCCCUGCAGGCCCACGGCAGCAGCGCCUCGCUGCACGCCCGCCGCCUGUGGGCGCAGCUGCGGCAGCUGUGGGCCGAGCACGUGUCGCGGCGCUUCUCCCCGCGGCGGCCCCCGCUGCGCCGCCUGGGCUCCACGCCCACCUUCUACCUGCUCGACCCGCGCACGCGCCAGGCCGAGCUCGGCCUGGGCUACGGGGCGCCGCGGGCGCGCCUGGGCGACCGGGCCUUCGUGUUCCGCGACGGCCGCUGGUGCGCCGAGGGCCCCGAGGGCCGCAGGUCGCCGCGCCGACGGGCGCAGGCCCAGCAGCUGCUGGACGAGAACAACUACCUGAAGCUGCACCAGGAGCUGCUCAUGGACAUGCUCACCGAGACCACGGCGCGCCUGCACCUACUGCAGCGGGAGGCCGAGCCGGAGGCGGCGCGCGCGCGCCCGCGGCCACUGCACAGGCGCGAGAGCGCGGGGCGGGGCGGCGGCGGCGGCGGGCUCGCGUCGCGAUGA